AACCAUGUCAUUCAGUGCAAAAUUUUCCUCAUCUCUGGUCGCAAAUCAGUUCUUCUCAAUCGGAAAAAUCGGAAUUUUCGCCGGAAACGACAUCAAAACUUAUCAAAAAGGGAACCUAAACAUUGCACGCACCCAUGACCACCAUGGAGCGUUCUGCUGUGAAUCCGGCGACACCCGUCGCAAGACAGCCCAGCUUGGACGAUAUGAAUUUGGAUCAAUUUCUGAAGAUUUCCAAUUAUGAAGACACGGUUAAACAAUUGGAUAUUUAUUACGGGAUCGUCAAACGACAACUGUUGCAGUUUCAAAGUCCAAUAACCGGCCUGUUUCCGGUUUUGAGUACCGAUCGGGAAGUUGGAAGCAUCCGUGAUAGUGUUUAUUGCGCCGCUUCGAUUUGGAGUUUAUAUCAAGCCUAUAGGAGAAUUGAUGACGACCGUGGUAAAUCGUACGAGUUGGGGCAAUCUGCUGUCAAAUGCAUGCGAGGAAUUUUAGAAUGUUGGAUCAAGCAGGCUCAUCGGGUGGAGAAGUUCAAAUCCCGCCAAUGUGCGAUCAAUGCGCUGCACUGCAAGUUUCACUUGGACACCGGAGAGGAAAUCUAUUCCGAUGAAAAAUACAAUCAUCUGCAGAUCGAUGUUGUCUCAAUCUACCUCAUAUUCCUAGUGCAAAUGAUAUCGUCUGGGCUGCAGAUAAUCUACACUCAAGACGAGGUGGCAUUCGUGCAAAAUUUGGUUUACUACGUAGAACGUGCCUAUCGUACGCCGGACUAUGGCAUGUGGGAACGAGGUUCCAAAUACAAUGACGGAACGCCAGAAAUCCACGCUUCCUCGAUUGGAAUGGCUAAGUCGGCACUAGAGGCCAUCAAUGGGUGCAAUCUGUUUGGCGAAAAAGGCGCCUCCUGGAGUGUCGUGUACGUGGAUAUCGAUGCGCACAAUCGUAAUCGUAGUAUUUUUGAAACCAUGCUACCUCGGGAGUCGAGUUCGAAGGGUGUGGACGCAUCACUAAUUCCUACGUUGUCGUUCCCGGCAUUUGCGUCGCACGAGGAUCGGCUGGUCGAUUUGACAAAGAAUAACGUCAUCAAGAGACUACGCGGCAAAAAAGGGUUUAAGCGUUAUAGCCGCGAUGGGUACUUGUCCCGGCUGGAGGACAAAACAAGGCGGUACUACACCAAGGGAGAGAUAAAGGAUUUUGAAAAUUUCGAGUGCGAAUGGCCCAUAUUCUACACGUAUAUGAUUAUCGAUGGAGUGUUCAAGAACAAUUUGGAACAGAUCGAGGAGUACCAGAUGGAGCUGAGGAAGUGCAUGCACUCUGAUUUGAAUGGAGACCCCGUCGUGUCCAUGUGCUACGCACCGGAUGGCGACGGUAUGUACACCCGCGCCUCGUCCCAAUCGUUGUUCCUUUGGGGCCAAUCGGUGUUCAUCAUUGCCCAACUGCUAACGGCCGGUUUGCUACACAUCAACGAAUUGGACCCGAUCCGUCGCUACCUGCCGUCCUACAAUCGUCCUCGCAAGGGCGGCCGUUACUCCGCUUUCCAGGCUAAGCCAGGAAUUCGUACAAAAAUAGGAAGUGCCCUAGCAAUAAUGCACGAUGGUGGCGGUAAUGGAAUUAAUGGGCAUAUACCCUGGAAACGGAAUGGGGGGCCGGUUUGUCACGGCGGAGUAGGUUCCGGCUGUGGAGGGGGGUGUAAAAAUGGUGGCAUCUGUAACGACAGUGUCGAGGUGACCAAUCCAGUGGACUUCAGCAGUAGCCGCGAGUCGGAGACCGGUCUCUCGGAGGAGAUGGAAGUGGUCGAUAAGCAACGCGGUACGGCUACUGAUUUGGUAGUCCAAAUCGUUCUGAUUGCUGAAUCCAUGCGUCUGCAAGCAAUGAUGGCCACCUACGGCAUUCAAACUCAAACCCCGCAUGAGGUUGAACCUGUUCAAAUUUGGUCCUCAACUCAGCUGAUCAAUGUGUACCAACAGUUGGGAGUAAACGACAAGAUUGGUCUCACUGGACGACCUCCACGUCCCGUUGGCUCACUGGGUACCAGCAAGGUUUAUCGCAUUUGCGGAAUGACGGUUCUCUGCUAUCCUUUGAUCUUCGAGGUAUCCGAUUUCUACCUAUACCGGGAUAUGGCGCUGCUGAUCGACGACAUCAAAACGGAACUCCAGUUCGUGGGCAAGUACUGGCGUCUGUCGGGCAGGCCCACAGUCUGUUUGCUGAUCCGCGAAGAGCACAUGCGCGAUCCACAGUUCAAAGAGAUGAUCGAUUUGCUUGCCAUGCUGAAAAAAGGGUACUGCGACGGAAUGAAGGUUCGUAUCGGACGUUUGCAGAAUCUGAUCUCGAGCUCGUGUAUCGAACAUUUGGAUUUCAUGUCGCAAUCGGAUCUACCCGACGCUACUGAAAGCGCAUUUGCACAAAUCCAUCACGACUACAUCGGAUACCAGAGCUUGACCGACGUUCCUCGUGCCCAGUCUUACCGGGAAAAGAAGAUAGUUGCCCAGGAUUAUCAGAACCGGUCCACCCCGGACGUAAUCGAAGCGCUUAGAAACACCGAAUCCAUCUUCCUUCAAUGCCAACUGCUGGGAAUUAUUUUACUCCGCGAAGGUGCUAACUACGAAAUUGCUGGAGAUACCGUGCAUGUCCGAUUAACCGAGCUGUAUUACCGCGCUGGUACACUCCGCUACUGGCGAGCAGUUCGCUACUGCAGUUCUCUCCUGCGACAUAUCGUCGACUCGAUCUCGCCAUUCAUCACAACCGUACUGGUAAAUGGAAAGCAAAUCACCGUGGGCGUCAUUGGGCAGCGCGAAACCGUGUUCGAUAAGCCAAUGACUCCGUCGGAGAUUCAGAACGUGAUGUAUUCAACGGUGCAACCAUACGAUGUUAUUCACGCUGUACUGCAGCAAGAAGUGGUGCUUUACUGCGGUCGUCUGAUUGCCACCAAUCCUGAUAUUUUCAAAGGAAUUCUUAAGAUCCGCGUCGGUUGGGUACUGGAAGCAAUGAAGCUUUAUCUAAACAUGACGGGUGAUGGGGAUGCAGACAUUGAAAAUUUAUCACCGUUUGCGAUUCGGAAGCUUCUUCUGAGGGUUCUAACAGUCAGUCUAUGGGCUGUAGAUGAUAGUUUCAGUGCUCUGCAGCGCCGUCAAUUGGAGGGCUGUCUCUUCCGGGUUCCACCAUCACUUUACAAUCACGUCUGGGACGUCUUGGAGCGAACACCGCUCGGCAUUACUGUUCAGGAUCACAAUCUUCCGGCGUUGGCCACUUUGACCAACAAGAGUCGUAGCGAGUUCUCGUUUGCCUUGCAAGUGGAGGAGAUGCUGAACAAAAUAAAUCAACCGGAAAGACGUCAGAUUGUUGUCGAACUGUUGGUCAUUGUGGCCACCAUUCUGCGGCGAAACCCGGAACUUCGGUUCAACCAGAUUUUGGACUUGGACCUGCUGUUGGAGGAUUCGUUCACCAUGUACUGCAAGGACAAUGACCUGCCGUUGACGACCGACAUUUCACCGUUAUUUUCGCUGUCGCAGAAUCAGACCACCGGUUAUCUGGCCCGGGCUGCGGUCAACAGUGUGUUGCAGAGGUGCGCCCUCGCUACGGAGGACUUUGCUGAGGACGUCGAAGAUCACUGCCGAGUGCAGUAGAGUGGAGUCUCUGUCUACGAAUAUUCCUAUUUUUGUAAACGCUCGAUCAAUGGUGCUUUGCGGCACUCCUCUUGAAAUUAGCCGGAGUUUAGAUUAAGCUAAGAAAACUCAAGUGUUUCGUUGUUAACCAGUUUAAAGAUUUUGCUACUUUUGCAGUGUUUAGUUACAACGUUUCGAUUAAAUUCCAAAGAUUUUUCAUACUGAUUUGGCCAUAUGUACGUCUUCUUUUAUCGAGUAGCUAUCGAAGAUUUUUAAAUAAGAAUAUUAUUGUUAGUUUACAAAUUUUAUGCUAAAUGUUUUCGAACACAAUGAUAGUUAUAUAUACAUUUCUAAUCAUG